AUGAAUCCGUUGAAUCAAUUGAAUCAAUUAAUAGGAAAUCCCAAAAAAGCAAUCCAAGGCAAAUUGCGAGAUACAGAGAAGAUUGUCCAUGUAAUUCCUAUGCAGUUCGAGCAAGUCAGUGCUUGGAUUGAAGGAAAAGUCAAAAAUGCCUUCUUAGUAAUUGUUUCAAAUUCAGAUUCGCCAAACGAACUUGCGUAAUUCCUAAUCAGCUUAUUUCUCUACAAGCCUUCACGGCUGCUUAAAAUAAACACAAAAGUGAGCUUGCUUGUUGUUUUUCCACUCACAAAGGAGCUGCGCAUAAUCCCACGUGAGAAAGGUUACUCAGUAAGAUGGCUUGACCAUGUAGAAACAUCAUGAGAAAUAAAAACCAACGCCCACGAAACCUUUAAUUUCAUAGCAAAGCAUAUAUAGCUGCAAAAUUUCUCUAGAUCUCUAUAGGAUAAAUCUUGUUCAUUUUCCAUUUUCCAGCCUUUUAAAAUUCAUAGUUUUCUUAAAGGGCAAUAAAAAGAGAAAUUAAUCAAGCUAUAAAGGUUCAUGCCCUAUAGAAGAUGUAGGAAGAUAUCAAAGGGCUCCUUUUUCAUCAGAUGCAAAUACUCAUAGAUGGAUAUGAUAUUACGAGUCUGUAAUCCCUGCACAAGUAAGGACUUUAGAUGAAAACAAUGAAAGAGACUUUAAGCACAGGACAACAGUCGCUUUAUUACCUGAACAUUUUGGCUCAGAAAUCAUGAACACUUAUAUAAAAGAACAACUGCAAAAGCGAGAAAAUGAAUUUACAGAAAUCAAGGACUUGAAAAUUAUGGUAGGGACGUGAAACGCAGCUGGAACUGCACCAGCUGAACCUUUGAUUUCAUGACUUAAGUGCCAGAACUUGAAUGAAGACAGUCCUGCUGAAGCUCCAGACUUGUUUUUAAUUUCGCUACAAGAGAUGUGUGAGUUAAAAGCACAAAAUAUUUUGGGAAGUGAAGGUAGGAAAAGGGAGUGAACUGAAAAUAUCAAAGAACAAGUAAACUCUGCAUAUCCUGGGUUUGAAUAUGUAUUGGUAGCUGAUGCAGAUUUAGUUGGACUUUUGACUCUGAUUUUUGCGAAAAUUGAGCUACAACAGAGUAUAAAAAAUAUGUGUGCAGCUAGUGUAAAACUAGGCUUUAAAGGCUACACAGGAAAUAAAGGGGCAGUAUCUUUUAGGUUUGAAAUUUUUGAUACCAGCAUUUGUUUGAUUAACUGCCAUUUAGCGCCCCACAAAAAUCAGACAAUUUUGAGAAAUAAGCAUAUAAAGAUAAUUUCUAAAGAAACAAAAUUCAAUUUGGAAGAUGGAAGGAUAAAGAAUUUAUUUGAGCAUGAUUUUAUAUUCUUCAAUGGAGACAUGAAUUAUAGGCUUAAUACACUAACCUCUGAAGAAAUUUUAAGGAGAAUCCAAGCACACGAUUAUCGUUCUUUAUUAGAUUAUGACCAGCUGUUAAACGAAAGAAGAAAACAACAGAUGCUAGCUGACUUCACUGAAGGUACUAUAAAUUUUCGUCCUACAUAUAAGCUUACACAAGAUUCAAUCGAGCUAGUCUACAAGUAAUUAUAAUAUAGCCCUAAACGAGACCCAGCCUGGUGUGAUAGAAUUCUAUAUAAAGGCAAUUCCACUCUUCAAAGGUAUGGAUCAUGUCCAUAUAUUUCUCAAAGUGACCAUGUGCCUGUUUUUGGAUAUUUUAUAGUCCCAGUAAAAAUAUCAAACCAAGAAGCCAUGAAUAAGCUGAAAGAUGAAGUUUUUAAAUCAGUCGACGAAGCUUUGCAUUCACCAUUGCCAAAGCUUCAAAUAUCAGAAACUUUGAUACAAUUUACUGGGAUGCGAUAUAAAGUAAGCCAAACCAAACUUUUAACUGUAGAAAAUAAAGGAUAUUCCAUUAUUCCAUUAGAAAUCAGACCAAAUCAACAGAUAAAUACAUUGAAAAGCUGGGUAUCAAUUUCUCCCACAUUUGCAUCUGUCGCCCCAGGGCAGCAAUUUUCUUUUGAAAUUACUGCUUGUUUUAAUGAAAAGCAAGCAAGAAAAGCAAAUGCAAAACAAGAUUAUAGGUCUGUCAUGAUGAUUCUUGGAAUUGUAGGGAGCAGUGAUUAUUUUGUAAAUUUUAUGUAGAUUGAAGUAACAUGUGAUUUUGUAGGCUCAUGUUUUGGGGCAAGCUGCCAAGAUCUGAUAAAAAUUGUUGGGCCUAUUAUGGGGCUUAAAUCAUGUAUAAAAAAUGCUGCCACGUCCUCAUCAAUGUCUAUAGAGCUACCGAAAGAGCUUUAUAGGAUUAUUGAAUUUAUUAAAGAUAAAGGACUUAGAGUCAAAGGACUCUUUGAGGACACUGGGAAUUUAGAAGUUUUAGCCCACAUAAGAGAUGUUUUGGAUACAGGGAAACAGUUUAAUAAGCAAACUGACGUCCAUUCAAUGUGCUCGAUUUUAAUUGAGUUUUUAGAGUCUUUGUCUGAGCCUAUUCUGCCAACUGCUAUUUUGGAUAGUGCAUGCCAAAUGUCAGAGUCUUCGCAAUUUGCUUUAGUGAAAAACCAUUUAUUCAGGUCGGUAGAUCCGAUAUCAGCCAGGGUACUUGAGUAUAUUGCAUCAUUUUUGAAAAAUUUGCUUGGGCAUAGGUCUUUUAAUGGUUUGUCUGAAGAAAGCUUGGCAGAAUAUUUCUUACUCCCCCCCCCUUUAAAUUGGAACAAAAUAUCGGUAAAAUUUCCACUUUUUUGGUAAAUUAACCCCCUUUAAAUUGAAACAAAAUUUAAUUUAUAAUAAAACAUUAUAUAUAAUUUUUAUCUAAAAAGUUUUGAUAUAAAUUAAAUGUUUCUUCUUAACUAAAAUUAAAAAUUUUAGUUAUAUCUUGCUCUUUUUUAAAGAAAAAAGUAUAAAAAGAGCAUCUUAUUUAAAUAAAUUUAUUAUUCUUAAUUGCUAAAUUUUAAAAAACAAAUUUAAAAUUGUUUUUUAAAAUUUUCAAAAAAUUUUUGUUUUUUUUGAUAAAAAUGAUAUUUUUUAUUUGGAUAGUUUUGAUAUAAAUUCAAUAGGAAUUCUUUAUAAAAUUUCAAAAUUUACUUAUUUCUUGCUUUAUUUAAAGAAUAGAGUAUAAAUAACAUCUUAUUUAAACUAAAUUAGCACUUUGAUCGAUAAAUUUUCUAAAAUUUUUUUUUUUAAUUUUUUUUUAUCAAUAAAAAUAAUAAUUUUUGUGUAAAUAAUUUUGAUACCAAUUAAUAUUGGCGUAUUAACUAAUAAUGAAAAUUUAGUUAUAUCUUGCUUUGUUUUAAAGGAUAAAGAGUAAAGAGCAUUUUAUUAAACAAAUUUAUUGAUCUAAUUCGAUAUGUUUUUGAAAUUUUUUUUUUAAAAAAAAAAUUAACCCCCCUUUAAAUUGGAACAAAAUUUUUAGUUCCAAUUUAAAAGGGGGGGGGAGUUAGAGCCAUUAACCCACGCUGAAGAGCUUCAAGGCAAGAAGAACGCUAGCAUUGAUACCUCUGCUGACCCAGAAAAAAGGCUUACAUUAUUAGCUCUCCUUAUAUCUUCAUAA